AUGACCGCUGGGGAAUACGAGCUCUUCAAGGAGGUCAAAAAGCGAGUCGCCUCUGAGAAGCAGGGAACAGUUUCACGACCUCGCCUAGCGCCUGAAACGUCCAAAGAGCCAGCUCCUGUCUCCGGCAGGGGCUCGAAAAGGAAGCAGCCAGAAGAACUUUCUCGUGCUUCAUUCCGAGAGCCUCGCCGCAACUAUCAUCAACCAGGGCCUCGCGAGCGCGAGCAUAGUCCGAAGAAAGAAGAUCCGCCGGUGUCGGUGGCGGAAAGCUCUCUACAUCCGCUUCGGGAUUCAAGAAAGAGAAAAGCUAUCAUCUCUGCCAAAGAUCUACCCGAAGACCCGGAUGACAAGGUACCCUUCUCGGUUCAGAUAUUGAGGGAAAGUCUACCGAGGGGGUAUCGCGCUCCAAACAUAGGAGAAUACGAUGGAAGCAAGGAUCCAGAAGAGCAUUUGCGAAAAUUCAAAAACGCGGUCAUGUUGUAUCAAUAUAGUGAUGCUGUCAAAUACCGAGUAUUCCUGCAUACCUUGUCGGGCUUGGCGCAGAAGUGGUUUGAUGGGUUGCCCCCAGGAUCUAUCAAUCACUUCUUGGAUUUCAAAACGGUCUUCUUGCGUCGUUUCGCUAGUAGUCGUAAGUAUCAAAAGACUGACCACUGUCUUUUCGCUCUGAAACAGGGUCCGAUCGAGCCCUUGAGAAGCUAUAUUAAUCGGUUCAGCCAGGUGGCCAAUGACGUCCCUUCUGCCACCUCGGAAAUACUGAUGAGCACCUUCUCUCACGGACUGCUGGAAGGGGAAUUCUUCAGGGACCUUAUCAAAAAUCCUGCUCGAAAUUUUGAUGAUAUGGUGGAGAAAGCUUCCUGCUACAUCAAAGUGGAGGAGGCUCAGGCGGCUAGGAGGAAGGCCGAAAAGACAGUGGCUCCUAGCAACCGACCUGAAAGGAGGGCACCACAGCUAGCUCAGCCUCUUCAACGCGUUCAACCCAGGCCUGUCCUGCAGCCCGCCCAAGGAGUCAGACCAGCUCCUCGAGUUGCUGCCAUACACGCGCCCAGACCUGGACCAAGAGGAGCACCAUAUUGCACAUAUCAUUGGUCCAGGACGCAUGAUAUCAGUAAUUGCUUCCAAUUCGCCUGUGAUUCUAGGCGAGCUGUCGAGCAAGGCUUACCUCCCCCGGAGUUGGCACCCCAAAUACAGAGAAUGGAAGAAGAGCGGGCCGCGGCUGGACGCGCUCGGCCCAACCUGACAGGCCCUUCUAAUCAGGCUGGUCCCGUGGGGGACCAAAGAGAUGUCGGGGAGAUGGAAAAUAGGGGCAACACUGCUGUACGAGAGAUCGGCAUGAUUUCGGGAGGACCCACUGAUGGGGACUCCGGCCGAGCCCGUAAGUCACAUGGUCGGCGGUUAUAUGUGGGGGCUGUUGGGUGCAGCCACGAGCAGGCGUCUAGCCCUGUUAUCAACUUUGGGCCACAAGAUUUGGAGGGUUUGGAAUUACCCCAUAACGAUGCUCUCAUUAUCAAGGUCGUUAUCGCUAACAGCCGAGUGGCUCGGGUAUUCGUUGAUACCGGGAGUUCGGUUAAUAUUUUAUUCAGAGCUGCAUUCGAGGAGAUGCAGAUCGAUGCCGCUGAGCUUUAG